AAUUUAAGCCUGCUUUCUUUCCUGGUUGCUCUAUCCUCAGAUUCGUGUGGCUGGGAUUGCAUCUCAGUUUUGCACUUUGCGUUCUCUGUCAUUGAAAGUUUUGCGGGGAUUUCACUAGCAGCCACAAUGCUUUUGCGUCGCUCACUACGAUCCCGCUUGGGGCGGGAUGACCAGCCGAGCAUGGAUGCUAACAUGAACACCAGAUCCACGAGAGCUGCCGCCCGGGCUGCCAUCUCCACCCCAGCGGUGACGAUUUCACGCGGUGCAUCUGAACUACACGGGAAUUCUACUCACAAAUCAAUCUAUUUGACAGUAAAGAUGCCGUCCAGCAAACUUCGUGAAGUUACCAGUGGUAGCACUCGAAGUGGUGCAUCGACCAGACGUUCGGUCAAUGUCUUCACGGAGAAUCCCAUCGUGACGGGUCCCCGUACCAGCAGACCCAAAAAGAAGCUUGUUGAAGUGGAUACAAGCGAUGAAGAUGACCUGGAAGACCAGGAGGAAGAUGAGGUGGACGAUGAUGAAGAUGCGCCUGGUGAAGACGACGAUGACGUAGAUGCCGAUGGCGAUUUAGACAUGGACGAUGCGCCGCCACAGCCGCCAGUGUCCAAACGGCAGGCGAAAGCAGCAGCAGCAGCAGCGCCGAGCGGGAAGCCCGUCAAAAGUGUAGAGGCUAAAGAGAUGGAGCUGGACGAUGAGGACGAGGACGACGACGAUGAGGAGCUUUCGGAACUGGAGUCAGACGCUGAAGGCGAGCCAGACGACCAGGACGAAAGUAUGAUGGCCAAUGGUGGUGCAGAGGAUCUAGAAGGGGAAGAGGAGGAAGAAGAGGACGAUCUGGACAGCGAUGACGAUACCCCGACCGCCGACCUGAGCAAGAUGACCAAACGGCAAAGAGGUAAUCUGGGUAACGACUUCCUGCAACUUCCCAUGGAACCCCAGGUGAAGAAGCAUCUGACGGCUGAGGAGCGCGCCAUGCGUCGUGCCGAAAUGGCUCGUCGUAGAAAGAACCUCAGCGAGAAGCGGAAUGAGGAGGAGAAGAUGGACACCAUCAACAGGCUUCUACGGAAGCAGGCACCCAAGCGCCGAGGACGUAUUCCAGCUGCAGAGACAGCCGAAGCAGCUUCUGCGGACCAGGAGGUCGCGGAACCCGAGAAACCCGAUCCGACAAUGGUGAGGUGGGUAAGUGGCCGCGAAGGCAGUCGAGUAGGCGUGCCGGAGGAAUGGCUCGAUAUACCUGCAGGGCGUGUCUUUGGUGGCAAUGGCUCGGGCAAGCUCGUGCAAGAGGUGUAACAGGCAUGGGAAGUUGGGCGCAUCUGGAGCUGGGCGUUUGAAAUAGGUUUCUAGGGAGGGUAUAGGCUUCUAUAAUACUUAGGUCAGGGAUGUACAUUUACAAAGUGGAUCAU